AUGGCGACCACAUUGACUGACGAUAAGCGACCUCAAUUGCAGCCUGUUUGCCAGAAUUGCGGCACCUCUACCACCCCCCCUGUGGCCUUGAAAACAGAUGUUAUCAAAAGUCGCAAUCGCGUGAAGACCGGUCAGGGCCCUAAGCGCAAGUCAGGCGGCCCUGUUGAUACCAAUGGUAUCCCGCCACGAUCUGAGGCCGGGACCCCUCCCCUUGGGUCGCAUGGAUACCGUCGCGCGUCGCGCAAGAUGUCCUCGGGUCAUUCGGAUCGCUCGAACUCCCCCGUUUCCCGGACCGAGACACCUGGAUUUGGCUCGAUGAACGCGCACAACUCGAACAUCGCGCCGCAGCACAUGUUUGACAGCGUUACCCUGGGUGACAGCUUGAACUCUUCCAGCGGCCUCCCCUCCCGCCAGAUGCGCCAACCUUCUCCCUCGGCAGUCGACCGCCAACUCGAUUCUCCCACACAUUCGAAAGUCUCCUGGCCCUCAACACAUCCCUCAAGACACGCUGACGCCAGCGCUCGUCGAUCGGAGAUGAUUGUACGAGACUCCGAGGUUCGUCUGAGACGGUCUCUCGAGGAUGCUCAGCGCCGCGAGGAGGACCUCAAGCGUCGUGUUAGCGAUCUCGAACGCCAGCUUGGUUCUGGCAGCGCUGGCGAUGCCGAGUCCGGCGAGCCGCUCGCAAAAAAGAUCCGGCUGUCGGAUGUUGUGGAAUCUGGCGAGGAUGUGCAGGUCAAAUCUCCCAAGAGCGUUUAG